AGAGGAACAGAAUGAGAGGUGGAAAUCUUGUGAUGGAUCCUCGGUGAGCUGAGCUGCAGUUCCGGUCCCAGCGAGAAAAAGAGAGAGAGAGAGAGCUAGUCAACAGAACGACGUGAGGGAGGGAGUCCGUGUGUACAGGACCUUUCUGCAACGUUGUGUGUGUGUGUGUGUGUAUAUGAGUGUGUGUGUGUGUGUGUGUGUGUGUGUGCACACUCUCACUCUCACUCAUUCACUCACACAGCGUAAGUGCCGAUGCUCUGUGGUAUCGGUGGAUUGUAGGAUGGACGCCGUGCUCUGAGGACGACCAGCAUCCACACGCACAUGCUCGACCUGCUCAAGCUGCCACCUGCUGAGUCCUGUACAGCAUAGGAUACAUACCAUACACACACACACACACACCCUCUUCCACACACUAAAACACUCUUAUAGACCUGUUCACCUGUGCAAGAAUGGAUACAGUACCUAACGAUACAGACGGACUGGAGAACAACUCCAUGAAGUACAGCAGGAAUGAACAGACGGAAAAAAUGUGGAUGCGACUCAAAGGAAUGCAGAAGUACAAAACCACGUCUCAGAGGUUAAGAUGUCUGGUUAAGCAGCUGGAAAAGGGUGAGGUGAAUGUGGUGGAUCUCAGGAAGAACAUCGAAUAUGCUGCCUCUGUGCUGGAAGCUGUCUACAUUGAUGAAACCAGACGCCUGCUGGACACGGAGGAUGAGCUCAGCGAUAUCCAGGCUGACUCGGUGCCCAUGGAGGUGCGUGACUGGCUGGCGUCCACCUUUACCCGCAAGAUGGGUGUGGUGCGGCGGCGCCCAGAGGAGAAACCACGGUUCCGCAGCAUCGUCCACGCCGUACAGGCCGGCAUUUUUGUGGAAAGGAUGUACAGGAGGACAUCAAACAUGGCUGGCCUGACAUACCCACCAGCAGUAAUCCUCACUCUUAAGGAUGUUGAUAAAUGGUCGUUCGAUGUCUUCACACUUCAAGAGGCCAGCAGUGAACAUGCUCUGAAGUUCCUGGUGUACGAGCUGCUCACCAGAUACGACCUGAUUAACCGCUUCAGGAUACCUGUGUCUUCUCUGGUGGCGUUUGUGGAGGCUCUGGAGGUGGGUUACAGCAAACACAAAAACCCUUACCACAACCUGAUCCACGCUGCCGACGUUACUCAAACUGCACACUAUCUGAUGCUCCAUACUGGCAUUAUGCACUGGCUCACCGAACUGGAAAUAUUGGCCAUGGUGUUUGCUGCUGCUAUCCACGACUUUGAACACACUGGAACCACCAACAAUUUUCACAUCCAAACCAGGUCAGAAGUGGCUAUACUGUAUAACGACCGGUCGGUUUUGGAGAACCACCAUGUGAGUGCCGCCUACAGGCUAAUGCAGGAGGACGAAAUGAACAUUCUGAUCAACCUGUCCAAAGAUGACUGGAGAGAGCUACGUACAUUGGUGGUGGAGAUGGUGAUGAGUACGGAUAUGUCCUGCCACUUCCAACAGAUCAAAACUAUGAGGAACUCACUACAGCAGCCAGAGGGGAUUGACAAACCUAAAGCUCUGUCUCUAAUGCUGCACGCUGCCGACAUUAGCCACCCAGCUAAAGGUUGGAACCUGCACUACCGCUGGACUCAGGCUUUGAUGGAGGAGUUCUUCAGACAGGGUGAUAAGGAAGCAGAAUUGGGGUUGCCAUUUUCUCCACUGUGUGAUCGUAAAGCCACUAUGAUAGCACAGUCCCAAAUUGGCUUUAUUGACUUUAUCGUGGAGCCGACAUUCUCUGUGCUAGUGGACACCACAGAGAAGAUCAUCGCUCCUCUGAUAGAGGAAACUUUAAAGUCAGGAGGCAUGCACAGGUCAAGUUUAACAGCUCAAGGUUCAGCUGCUGUGGUCGAGUCCGUUCAGAGACACAGUGACCGAGACUCUGCGCUUAAUGACUACUCACUCGCUGGCAUUAACCUCAAACAGGUCCAAUACACUCUGUCUGAAAUCAUCCAGAGCAACAAGGAGCGCUGGAAGGAACUCUCCGUUCAAGAAUUGGCCAGUAAGGAGCGUGAGCAGUGCGAAACUUCACCCCGUAAACCCGACGUCACUUUGACUCGCAAAGACUCCGAGUCAAAGUCCCUUAGUGACAUGAACAACACCGACUCCCUCCACUCCUCACAGGACUCUCUAGAGCAGAGCACUGCCUCUCACAGCGCCGAUCCGGGCGAUGCCAGUCCCGACGCCAGUCCAGACGCCAGUCCUCACACUCAUCGACCAUUACCAUGGAAUGGCAAAACGGCCUGAACGACGGAGCUCUCCACAGAUCAAGCAUCCUCUACACUGUGUGUGUACUGUGGUAGAAAUCCCAUAAACCUCUAUGGGUGAUGUAUAUAGCACUGUGCCCAUCCUAUUAUACCGCUCGCUACUGUUUCCUCACCAGUUCCGGAGUGAGAUGAUUUACACUGAUAUUUCCAUGACAGCAACCGUCGUCAUAGAGACGCUAGGAUGCUGAGUUGUCAUGGCAACUUUGCAAGGACAUGAAGCUCGGCCAGGAGCACCGAGAAAUGCAAGCCUCUUCACCCUGCACCCUUUUUGAUUCAGUUCUUUACUUUUGUAAAUGGGCUUUGUUUUUUUGUUUGUUUUCCAGUCAUUUGUAUGGUUAUUUAUUAAAGAUCGCUUCGCUUCCUUUAAUCCAAA